AUUACAUAACAAUCAGAGGAGGUGCUGUGAUAUCGGGCAUCGGAGGUCAAUCGGAGGUGACUGUCUAUUUUUCGUCAUGUCUCUAGAAUUCCGUUACCAAUCGGCAUCGACGGAGUACCAGAAAAUACAAACAGAACUGGCAAGUUUGGUGGAGAAUCGCACUCGUCUCGAUGCCCAGCUUUCCGAGAAUGAGAUGGUCAAAAAGGAGUUCGCGCAGUUAACCCCCAGUAAUACUGUCUAUAAACUUGUGGGACCUGUAUUGGUGCCUCAAGAUCAGAAUGAGGCCAAAUCCAAUGUGGAGACACGUCUGGAAUUUAUCAAGAGCGAAAUAAAACGCGUAGAUGGACAAAUAAAUGAUGGCGAGGACAGGUCGGAGAAAAAGAAGAAUGAGCUCGUCGAAAUCCAAACGAAGCUUCAACAGGAUCAAUCCACGCCAAAUUCUUAGACGAAUGUUGCUGUGAAGAUACCUUGGAAUCGAGUUGCUGGUCUCUACAGGAGUGCCAACUCACUUGAACGAUUGACUUGUACUAAUAACC